CUGCUGCUGCUGCUCACAUGGUGUCCCCAGAAGAAAACACCACCUGCUCUGCUCCUUCUCUCUCUCUCUCUCUCUCUCUCUGGCCUCUGCUCACUCACACUCUUAUUGUUCUCCUCUCUGUCCGAAUCCUUGGCCGUAUUCUUCUUCUUGCUGCAAAACCCAGCUCAAAAAUCCAACCUUUUUCUUGAUCUGAGCUGAAUCUUGAUGUGAGGGAGCCGCUGGAGCUCGACCCACGUUGCAGGCUGUGCCUUUGAAGCUCAGGAAGAGGGAACACAGUUGAGGAGGGAGGGAAUGGGUUGUGCCCAGUCGAGGAUAGACAAUGAGGAGUCCGUCUCCCGCUGCAAGGACCGGAGGAACCUCAUGAAGGAGGCGGUCACUGCCCGGAACGCCUUCGCCGCCGGCCACACGGGCUAUGCCAUGGCCCUCAAGAACACCGGCGCCGCCCUCAGCGACUACGGCCAUGGGGAGUCCGAGCAGAGCUACCCGAGUGCUGCCCUCCACGGGGAGGCGGCGCCUGACCACCACCAUGCUGCCCCGCCUCCGCCGCCUCCCCCGCCCAUGGACAGCCUACCUCCGCCGCCCCCUCCGCUGCCUAACUUCUCUCCGAGCCCCCUUCAGCGUGCUGUGAGCUUGCCGGAGUUCUCCGGCCCGAGGAGGCCUGGCAUGCCUGCGGACGGGCCAGCCUCAGGGACGAUACUGGAGGAGGAUGAGGAGAAUGAGGGAGGAGCAAAGGUGGAGCAUUUACACCGGCCUCGUAGGGUUAAUCGUGCCAGUAGGAAUGUGUCAGGUGGUGGUGGUGGUGGUGGUAAGGUCCACGAGGAGGUGGCGGCACCGCCCUUGAGGGGAGCCGAUAACAAUCAGGUGCCGCCAAUGCCCGAGUCCAAGGGAAUGGCCUGGGAUUACUUCUUCAUGGUGGACAACAUGCCGGGCCCCACCUUGGGUGGCCCUGAGGAGGAAGAUGAGGAGGAGGAGGAGGAGGAGGAGGAGACGGAGGUAAUGAAAGAUCGGAACUUGCAUAAUGAAGUUGAGAAUGACAGGUUUCGGGAAGUAGGUAGCGCGGGCAAUGGGGUCAGAGCCAAUGAGCCUGAAGAGGAACCAAAGACUCCGGAGAAAGUGGUGGAAGAGAGGGUGGAGAGUGUCCAUAUUGAACACUCCAAGACGGCUCCGGCCGAUCUCCGGAGGGUUGGGAAAGUGGCAGUGGUUCCCGGCAUUACCCUGGUGAAGUUGCUGGGGGACAUUGAUGAUCACUUCCUGAAGGCAUCUGAAAGUGCACAGGAGGUCUCGAAGAUGCUCGAGGCCACUCGUCUCCAUUAUCACUCGAACUUCGCCGACAAUCGAGGGCAUAUCGAUCAUUCUGCAAGAGUGAUGCGGGUAAUUACAUGGAACAAGUCAUUCAGGGGCUUUUCGAAUGGUGAUGGUGGUAAAGAUGAUUUUGAUGCAGAUGAAUACGAAACUCAUGCCACCAUUCUCGACAAGCUGUUGGCAUGGGAGAAAAAGCUGUAUGACGAAGUGAAGCAAGGUGAGCUCAUGAAGCUCGAGUAUCAAAGGAAGGUUUCUCUGCUGAACAAGCAGAAGAAACGUGCGGUGAGCACUGAGUCCUUAGAGAAAACUAAAGCAGCUGUGAGUCAUCUGCACACGAGAUACAUUGUCGAUAUGCAAUCCAUGGACUCAACUGCCUCCGAGAUCAAUCACAUUCGCGAUGAGCAGCUGUACCCGAAGCUGGCUUCCCUUGUCGAUGGGAUGGCCAAAAUGUGGGAAAGCAUGUACUUUCACCAUGAUACACAACAAAAGAUUGUGAACGACCUCAAGUCCCUCGACAUCUCACAUGCUCCUCUUGAGACCACAAGGCACCACCAUGAGCGGACGGUCCAGCUCCACAGGAUCGUACUCGACUGGGUGUCCCAGUUUGAGAAGCUCAUGAUCCACCAAAAGCAAUACGUGCGGGCCUUGAGCGGUUGGCUCAAGCUGAACCUCAUCCCUAUUGAGAGCUCCCUCAAGGAGAAGAUCUCAUCCCCGCCUCGAGCACAGAACCCCCCAAUCCAGGCCCUGCUCCACUCUUGGCACGACCUCCUAGAGAAGCUCCCCGAUGAGCUCGCUAAGUCUGCCAUCAACUCCUUUGCCGCCGUGGUAAAGACGAUCGUGGACCACCAGGAGGAGGAGAUGAAGUUGAAGGAGAGGUGCGAGGAGGCAAGGAAGGAGUUUAUGAGGAAGAACCAAGCCUUCGAGGACUGGUACCAGAAGUAUAUGCAGAGGAAGGGAUCUGAGGUCGGGGAAGAGGGGACCGGGAACCCCAACGAUCCUGUUGUGGAGCGGCAGGCGGCUGUAGAGAGCUUGAAAAAGAGGUGGGAGGAAGAAGCAGAGGCCCACCAAAGGCACUGCAUCCAAGUCCGAGAGAAGUCGCUCGGGAGCCUCAAGAUCCGCCUCCCAGAGCUUUUCAGAGCCAUGUCAGACUAUGCCCACUCUUGCUCGGAUGUGUACAUGAGGCUCAGGUCCGUGACCUACGCUCGUAAGUAAGGCACCAAAGGGGUCAGUCGAAAUUUUGGUAAUGUCGGGUAGUCAAUUUCGCUGAAUGUUUGUUAGUCUUGGUUCAUUUACGGGACGUGUUCCUUCGCUGUUAACAUAGGACGUCCAGAUCCGACCAAAACCGCGGAGGAUUUGGUGAUUGUGGAACGUCCUAGGGUCGAUCUCUCGGGUGGGUUUGGCUUCCGAUCGCGUGUAUCUAUUCGGCUGUCAACUGGUUCGGUACUAAUUAUGUGUAUUCUUAAUGCAUCGAAGUUAAGGCAGUUUGAGUCAAAUAUUUUGCUGCUAAA